AUGUUAAAGCAAUUAUACAAAAAUGGAUAUCUUAAUACUACUCCUGAAAAUCAUGAAAAUGUCGUGGAUCAAUUUUGGAAUGCAUUUCAGAAUGCUUUAGAUGUUAAUAUUCGUGAAAUAGACGGAAAGAGGAGAAUAUUAUUAAUUAUUGCAGAUAAAAUUCUCUAUGAUAUUAUCAAAGAAAAGUUACCACCUAAGAUAACUAGAGAAAAAUUAGCACUAGAAAAGAAAGAACAAAUUGAGUAUUUUAUUCAAAAUAAAGCAAACGUAGUAAUGAGCUCUUAUAAAACAGAUAGUACUACUGGAUUACCUAUAUAUUACCUAAAAAAUAAUAAAGAGGUUUUAUGGGAACAAUUUCACGAAGAGUACCCUAAUGGCAUUAAAAGAACAACAUUUCAUAAAUAUUUACAAGGCAGCCAAUAUAUAUAUAAGGAAAACUUAGGUGGUCUUUGCUCAAUCUGUAAUAUGUAUGGGUAUGAAACAUUUGAUGAGCUUAGAACAUUAAUAGCGGAUCAAUAUGGUAUGAAUGUGAUUUAUCAAACUGUACCAUUGGUAUGGUUUGAUAAAUCACAUCCAUAUCAUAUUGAUCUGGGAUCAGAUAUUGAAAUAGCAAUUGAAGGAAUUCGUGGAACAUCAGUAGCCCACUUAGAAUCAGAAUGUACUAAAGAGACAUUGAAAAAGAAAGAAAUACAAAAACCAAAUCCUCAAGUAACUCAGCAUUCGACCUCCAAAUCUCCAUGUAAUGCUGAUAAAAGCAAUAGAUUUAGUGCAGAAGAAAUGUGGAAGGAAUUAAUAGAGUUGGUAAAAGUGAGUAAUCUGAAAAAAAGCGAUGUUUCAAAAGUGUCAACUAUUCAAAACUGGAUCGCAAGAUAUGCAAUGCAAUAUAAGCAAAGAAUAGCGCAAAUAAAAUUUUAUGAUAGUAUGUAA